AAUUGCAAGAGGCCAUUAGGGUUCUUUUCAGACAGUCCAUUCUUCGCCCAGCAAUUGUAUAAAAUCCAAGGUAAAUCAGUGGAUUUGAGGCAAACCAGAAUUAAAUAAAAUGGCUUUGAAGCACAAGAGAUGGCUCGAAGUAGAAUCACCUUUGCCUCUUCAGCUCAAAAUUACUCGAAAAACCAUUAAUAAAGUUGUUUGCAAAGAAGCCUUAUGAUUACCAAAUAUAGGACCAAGUCAGCUUCCAUGAUACAAAUCUUGUUAAUUUGGCUCUAUCGGCUCUAAAAAUAAGCUAAGAGCUUGAUUCGAUUAUAAAUAUUCAUCACCAGAUAGGGUAAGUUUAGGCUUCUAGUUAAGAGUGAAACAAACAAAGAUGGAAGAUAAUUGAUGAUAAAGUGUAAAGCACAUCUUAG